UGUAUAACUAUAAAUAAUUACUUUAAUUCAAAAUUAGCAACGAAAAAUAAAAUAAAUUACUUUAAUUGAAGGAAAACUCCUUAUCUACCAUGACUUCCUUAGAACCUUUUGUAUUAAGAAUUAAACCAGCUAUGGAUGCAUUCCUAAGAAAAGCUACCAAACAAAAUGUAAAAGACUUGGAAAACGAAUUGGCCCAAUUCAAUUGGAUGCACAUGAGUAUAUUUAAUAUUCAAAUUCUCGUGCCUUUAGUUUUAAAAUUGGAAGAGCUCAGCAAUGAUAAUCAGGAUAUACGUACCGGUUGUUUACAAUGCAUUACUCUGGUGACUUCAAAAGUAUAUUUAAAGGAAUUAACAGCAUUACGUACUAUGCUCGUUGUGGUCCUAAAGCAAGUGCGUGAAUGUGAUAAAGCAUCCACAAGGCAAAAUUUAAGUGAAGAAAUAAAAUUGGCCAGUGUACAGUGUAUAACAGAAUGUUUCAGACGUUCAACAUCGGAUGUAUUGGAACAAUUUUAUAACAAGGAUUCAGCCAUGAUAUUGGGACAAAUUUUGUUGACUCUGGUGGAAUUCAUUGAAAGGGAGAAAUACAAAAAAUUGGUUCUAUCUUCUUUGGAAUGUCUAAUGAGUGUAUUUUAUGUACACGAUGAAGCUGAUCGCAUGGAUGUCGUUUUACGCAAUCAAGUUGCAAAUACAAUCUUUAUUUUCCUACCAAAAAUUGUUACAGUUUUAUAUCAAAUUUCAAUAGCUGAUGAUACUGUAGGAGAAAGUAUUAAAAUUUCUUCCAUCAAAGCCUUAGGUCGUAUAUUAUGUGUUAUUUAUGAACAAACUACAGAAAAUCUAAUACAUGCUAAAUAUGAUGUGGGAGCAUUUAAGAGACUACUCAACGAAAGUCUAACGUAUACUAAUGAUAGCAAUGAUAAUGAUAUAUUGGCCACUAAAAAGAACCGGGAACAGUUAGAGCAACGCAUGAAACAACUACAAGGAGAUGGACGCACUCAACAGUGGAUACAAGCUUCUUCGAAAAAAUUACGUAUUAUCUUUACGCAAACAAGCCAAUUAAGAUCGCAUACUUCAGCAAAAAUACGCAAAGAAUAUGCUGAAAUGUGUUGUCUUCUUAUGGAAACAUGUUCUCAUAAUCUUAAGGAAAAUUUUGUCUUUAUGAUGGAAUCGGUUGUAGCACUUACAGAAGAUGAAGAUGUACAUAUACGUAAUCUCUGCUGUAAAUGUAUAGAUCAAUUGCAAAAUAAUCACUCCAAUGAGGGGAUAUUUGAUGAAAAUUCCGAACAACUGCUAGAUGAACAUCUAACAAAAUUACCAAGAAUUAUAGCACGUUGCGAUGAAACGGAACAGUACACAGAAUUGACUUUUCUUAAAGGAUUUUUUAAAUCAUUAAGUACCAAAAAAUUGCAAUUAUUACUCUCAAUUCCUCAUAAUUUAGAAAUAUUUUGCAUGUGCUUAUUGUCAGCCUUAGACUUGCAAACAUCCUCUGAUUUACUAAUCGAAGAGUAUUCUUUGCGGGAAAUGGAUGUAGAGGGCGAAUACUUAGAAAGUAGCAAAUUUCCUUGGCGUAAAUUCAAAAAUUUGAAUUCUGAGAGGAGUGUUAAAUGCAUACGCGAAAUAUGCCAAAUUUUGGGUAAAACGCCCGUAUUAAAUCGCAUUAUUAUGGAUUAUCUUUUGGAAAUGUUACAACAGCAUAAUGAGGCGAUGAAUGAAACCCUUUUAAUUCUGUUAUGGUUGGCCACAUCCAAAGAAAUGAAUAAUAAAUUUCAGUGCAAGGAUUUGAAUUUGGUCAAGCAAUUACUUGAUGAGUUAUUGGAUGAUAAACAUUGGCAUUUGGCUUUAGAACCGGAUAAUGUUAUGCAACUUAAAGUGAAUAGGCAUACAGAUUGGUUCAUUGAUCGUACUCCAGGACUUUACGAAUCGGCUGUAGAAAUACGAACACAAGAUUGCGAUUCCGAUGAUGAAACUGAAGAUUUAAUGCAAAAACAACAAAAAGUCACUAUAAUUGAUGCUGAAUUCAAUGUACUACAUACCUGCAUUGUGCUGGACUGUUUGGGUCACUGUGCUUUAUAUGUGGGAGAAAGGUUUGAUGGUUAUAUUUUUCAAACAUUGCACAAUGUUUUAUUAAAACUUGCCCACAGUAAUUCGAUGGUAUAUAAAGCCGCUAAUUUCGCAUUAGUGUCCAUACAAAAAUCUCUUAGAUUUAAUAAAGCAAUUCAAUUAAUAGAGGGUCAUAUUGAUUAUAUAACUUACCAUUUAAAUAUGUCAUUAAAGAAGACACCAGAAUGUAAAUCGGCUGUAGAUAUUCUGUCGGUGGUUUUACAAUUUUCUUCUCGCAAUAACCUGCCCCAUUUGGAAUUGAUUUUUGAGACCAUCUAUAAUGAAUGUUCAAAACAAUAUGAAUCUCAUAAUGUUAUUUCUUAUUUGAAAGUAUUUAAUGCCUUUUUAAAACACAUUACCUCAUGGAUGUUAUCGUGUAAAUUAGAAAUUAAAGAUGGACAAACAAUGCAUAUCGAUGAUGUGGAUAAUAACGAAAUUAAUUUAAAUGAAAACGAUUUAUUAAAUUUCUGGCUCGAUAUUUUAAAUGCUGCUAGAACGGUCAACGAUUUUGAAGAGCAAGAUGUUACUAUGAAAUCCUCUAGUAAUUCAACUACAUCGCAAUAUUGCGGUAACAAUACAAAAGAGGAAGACGUAGUGGAAAAUAAUCCACAACUACCACGACAUAUCGUAAUGAUUAAAUCAAUAUUACAGCAAGUUAUAAGGCUUUUAACUUCUUCCGAGGUGCAAUUACAAAUUCUAUCAUUGGAAUGUUUAACAUGUGGUAUACCAUUGCUGCAUGAUUACGAAAAUGAAUUGCUACCCUUGAUACACUCGACUUGGUCACCGCUAGUGGAGAAAUUUCGUCAGAAAAAUGCUUUGGUGUUAAAUCGUUGUUUUUCCUUGUUGGAAAUUUUGGCCACCAAUGCUAAAGACUUUAUCACUAAAAGAAGUUUAGAUGAUGUUAUACCAUUCCUUAAAAAUUUUCUGCAGCAAGCUGCUACACAUUCAGCUAAAGAAACAAUUACUGUCCAAACUCAAGAAUACAAAUUACAACUGAAACUGUUGCAAGAAUUUCCAAAUCUCAUCGAAUGUCUUGACUUGGAUGGUAAGCAUUUAAAUGAAAUUUCUGAAAUAAUGUCAUUAUAUUUGUCUAUGGAACAGCCUAAAGAUUUGCAAAAUCAAGCCAUUGAAUACUUUAGGAAACUACGGCAAUACAAUGGUCCUUUAAUUUAUUUAAUAAUUAUUAAGAAAUCCCAUUUAAAAAUGUAUACGGAUAAUGUACGAACAAUUCUGGAAUCAUUUGAUACUGCGCAUAAACAAUAAAGCUCACAAACCACUGCAA